GCAUUUCUUGUCUCCUCCCUCCUUUCAUUUUUCUCUGCGAGACCUCAGCAUCAUUGUGAGGAAAAAAGGAGGAAGACAAAUCUUUAGAGCUCCUUUAUUUUCAAGUCUUAAUUAUCUCCAACAAAAAAAAAAUGGCUGAACGAGUCUACCCCGCCGAUUCACCACCAGAAAGCGGACAAUUCUCCGGCAACUUCAGCUCCGGCGAGUUUCCAAGAAAACCAGCACCACCACCAUCUACAUACGUAAUCCAAGUCCCUAAAGAUCAGAUUUACCGUAUCCCACCUCCGGAAAACGCACACCGCCUCCAAUACCUCUCUCGUAAAAAACCAAACCGAAGCAGCAACUGCAGAUGCUGCAUCUGCUCAUUCCUCGCCGUCGUUUUCACCAUCGCCGUCCUCGCCGGACUCUCCUUCGCUGUCCUCUACCUAAUCUACCGUCCCGAAGCUCCCAAAUACUCCGUCGAAGGCUUCUCGGUCUCCGGCAUCAAUCUCAACUCCUCCUCCCCGGUCUCUCCCCGGUUUAACGUUACCGUUAGAUCGCGUAACGGUAACGGAAGAAUCGGGGUUUAUUAUCACGAGGUAGGAAGCUCAGUGGGUGUGUAUUACAAGGGCGUUGAUCUGUGUAACGGCGUUUUGCCGGCGUUUUAUCAGCCGGCGAAGAAUGUGACGGUCGUUAAGUUGAGGUUGAGUGGGUCGUCUAAGAUACAGUUGACUAGUGGUAUGAGGAAAGAGAUGCGUAACGAGGUGAGUAAGAAAACGUUGCCGUUUAGAUUGAAGGUUAAAGCUCCUGUGGUGAUUAAGGUUGGUUCUGUUAAGACUUGGACUAUGUUCGUUAAUGUUGUGUGUGAUGUCACGGUUGAUAAGUUGACGCCGCCGUCGAGGAUUGUCUCGAGAAAAUGCACUCAUGACUUUGAUCUUUGGUGAUGAUUAUGAUGAUGAUGAUCAAGUUGUGAUAUUUGUAACUUUUUGGAUUUUUAGGAAUUUUUUUUUUUUACUGUUGUGAUUUUUUGUUUUAUUUUUGUAUGAGAAAAAAAAAACAUAUAAUGUUGUGAAUUUGUUGUGAUUGGAUGGGGGUAUAUUUUCAAAUUGAGGAAAAUUUCCAAUUUGAUCUUUUAGUUUAUUUAAAGUUGAUAACUUCUUUUUGUA